GAGGCCGGUCGGGUGGUCUCAACGGCAGGGCUGCGUUUUAGAUUAGGGACGCCUUGGACGUCUGUGGCUGACCUGUUGGCCUGGAAUGGACCAGCAGGACAAAGCGGCAACAGUGGUGAUGGCCUCGCGGCCGCAAGCAACACAACUUCAGGAGCCAGUGACUUUCCGAGAUGUGGCUGUGGACUUCACACAAGAGGAGUGGGGGCAGCUGGACCCUACCCAGAGGACUCUGUAUCGUGAUGUGAUGCUGGAGACCUUUGGGCACCUUCUCUCUGUGGGUCCUGAUCUUCCCAAACCUGCAGUUAUCUCCCAGCUGGAACAAGGUGCUGAGCUGUGGGUGGCAGACAGAGGAGGCUCCCGGGCCUGCCAUCCAGGCUGGAUUCUUGAACCUGAAGACCACACAUUGCUCAAGGACAAGGGCCUCCCAAAAAUGGAACCAUCCCCUAUUACAGAAAAGGAUGGGUUUGCAAAGGUUGUGCCUUGUUGUUCUAUGAUGGGAAUAGAUCAGGAAAGUGAUGGUCAGAGGCAGGCACUCAAGAAGGACCAGUGUAACUUAGGGCAGUUGAAUGACCCCAAAGAGAUACCAGUUCAGAGUCAAAGCUACAGAAGUCUUGGACUUGUGGAAACCUGUGUUCUUGGCUUAAAAACAGAUAUAUUACGAGAUAUUUCUGGAAGAGAGUAUGGCUGUACUUAUGGCUCACAAGUUAAAAAUUCAGAACAUAACCCAAGCUUAGUCAGUCAACAGACAGACUCCCCAACAACACAGCCCUUUGAUGACAAUGGCGGUCAAAAAGUCUUUGAUCAGAUUGUGCCCAUUACAGAACUCACAAAAAGUCAGGUGCAAGAUAAACCCUAUAAGUGUACUGAUUGUGGGAAGUCAUUUAACCAUAAUGCACAUCUCACGGUGCACAAGAGAAUUCAUACAGGAGAAAGACCUUACAUGUGCAAAGAGUGUGGGAAAGCCUUCAGCCAAAACUCCUCCCUUGUUCAACAUGAGCGAAUCCACACUGGAGACAAGCCUUAUAAGUGUGAUGAAUGUGGGAAAUCUUUUUGCCACAGUACACACCUUACAGUCCAUAGGAGAAUUCACACUGGAGAGAAACCCUACGAGUGUCAGGACUGUGGGAGGGCCUUCAAUCAGAAUUCGUCCCUAGGUCGCCACAAGCGGACUCACACUGGGGAGAAGCCUUAUACUUGCAGUGUUUGUGGGAAAUCCUUCUCCCGGACCACGUGCCUCUUCCUGCACCUGCGGACUCACACUGAGGAAAGGCCAUACGAGUGUAAUCACUGUGGAAAGGGCUUCAGGCACAGUUCCUCCCUGGCCCAGCAUCAGCGGAAGCACGCUGGUGAGAAACCCUAUGAGUGCCGACAGAGGCUGAUCUUUGAGCAGGCACCAGCUUUAACAAAGCACAAGUGGACAGAACCCCUCAGCUGUGACCCACCAUUGAGUCAAGGUGAAAGGACUCAACGGAGUGAGAGGCCCUUUAAGUGUAGUCAGUGUGGAAAGUGUUUCAUUCAGAGUUCUCACCUCAUCCGACAUCAGAUAACCCACAACAGAGAGGAAGAACCACUACGUGGACGUAGCCGAAGGUGGGAACAGCCCUGUAGACGGGGCUCAAGACUCAUUCGGAAUCCACACUCAAAUUCAAGAGAGCUCCCUGUAGCCCAGGCAAAGGCAGGACAAGCAGGCAGAGCUCUGGCCUUGUUUGACCUUCAUGAAAUUAUGCAGGAAAAAAACCCUGUGCAUGUUAUUGGGGUGGAAGAACCUUCAAUGGGCAAUUCCAUGCUGUUUGAUAUCAGAGAAUCUAGAUAGGAAGAUAAUUCCUUUUUUUUCCCCCUUGGUUUCUCUGUAUAGCCCAGGCUGUCCUGGAACUCACUCUGUAGACCAGGCUGGCCUCGAACUCAGAAAUCCACCUGCCUCUGCCUCCCUAGUGCUGAGAUUAAAGGCGUGCACCACUACCGCCCCGCUAGGAAGAUAAUUCUUUAGCUAACUUCUGAGUUACCAGGCACAAACAUUACAUCCACAUAGUGUAGGGGUGGCAAGAGAAGAUGGCAUAUCAGUAGUGACCUCUGACUGCAUAAGGAAAGUGGUGCCUCCCACACAGUUGAGGUUGGUGGUUCUCAAGUGUAUCAAAUUCAGUUCCUGUUUAACUUUGUUUUCUGAAACAAGGCCUCACUGGCCCAAGCUAGCCUCAAACUCAUUAUAUAUCCAAGGAUGACCUUGAAUUUUCUGAUCCUUCUGUCUUCAUUCACCUCCCUAAUUCUGGGAUCAUGGCUGUAUGCCACUAUACCCAGCAACAACAGACACCUUGAGAUAUCUUCUCCAUUAUCCCAAAAUGAGUUGACCAGUAAUAAAACCUCUGCGCAGGCAUAGUGUGGAAAUAA